GCCUCGGGCACCGUCGACGCCGCAGACCCGCGCGCGGGAGGCCUGGCGUGGCCAUGGCGCUCCCGCCGCUGGCCCGGGGGUCCCGCACACGGCCCCGCCGCGGCCCCCGGCCCUGAGGGUCUGCUCCCCCCGCCCGCGCCUUUCCCGGACAGCCCUCGCGGGAGGCGGCCGCAGGCUACCCACCCAGCAGGAGGCCGUCCAUGUCAAAGAGCAGGAUGAGCCUGGGACCCCCUGAUUCUCUGUGCUGAGAGGUGCUCACCGUCUCUGUUCCCGCCCACAGUGGAUUUGGUAAAGGAACAUCUCUUGCAGGACCACCACCGACACUGUCUGAAAUUAGUGAAGAUGAGGAUCUUCUGCCUUCUGCUGCUGGUCCUUGGUGAGGCCUGGAGCCAUGUAACCCCAAGACCCAACUUCGUGCUGCUGAUGGCCGACGACCUUGGCAUCGGGGAUCCUGGCUGCUAUGGAAACAAGACCCUCAGGACUCCCAAUAUUGACCGCUUGGCUGGAGGGGGAGUGAAGCUCACACAACACCUCGCGGCUGCGCCCCUGUGCACCCCCAGCAGGGCGGCCUUCCUGACGGGCCGGUACCCCAUCCGAUCAGGAAUGGCAGCUCAGAACCAGGUGGGAGUUUUCAUCUUCUCGGCCUCUUCGGGGGGGCUUCCCCCAAGUGAAAUUACCUUCGCCAAGCUUCUGAAGAGUCAAGGCUACACAACAGCUCUGAUAGGGAAGUGGCACCUCGGCACCAACUGUCACAAUAGCAGCGACUUCUGCCACCACCCCUUAAGCCACGGCUUCGACUAUUUCCACGGGAUCCCUGUGACCAACCUGCGGGACUGCAAGCCGGGAGAAGGCAGCGUGUUCACCACAGCCUUCCGGCUGCUGGUCUUCAUACCACUGCAGGUCCUCGCGCUGGCGCUGCUCACCCUGGCGGGGCUCCGGUGGCUGGGGCUCUUCCGCGUGCCCCCCGCCAUCAUCUUCAGCCUCCUCUUCCUGGCCGCCUUAGUCCUGGGCCUCCUGCUCUGCUUCCUGCACUUUUUCCGGCCCCUCAACUGCUUCCUGAUGAGGAAUCAUGACAUCACUCAGCAGCCCAUGUCCUACGACAACCUCACUCAGAGGCUGACGGCGGACGCGGUCCGCUUCAUCCAACGAAAUGCGGAGAGCCCUUUCCUGCUCGUCCUGUCCUUCCUGCACGUUCACACAGCCCUCUUCUCAUCCAAGGUCUUUGCCGGCAAAAGCAAACACGGCGCUUACGGGGACGCAACCGAGGAAAUGGACUGGAGCGUGGGGCAGAUCCUGGACAUUCUAGAUGAGUUGAAGCUGGCUAAUAACACCCUCAUCUAUUUCUCUUCGGACCAAGGAGCCCAUGUGGAGGAGGUGACUGUCAAAGGGGAAGUUCACGGAGGCAGUAACGGAAUCUAUAAAGGGGGGAAAGCCACCAACUGGGAAGGAGGCAUCCGAGUCCCAGGCAUCCUGAGGUGGCCGGGAGUGAUCCAGGCGGGGCUGGAGCUUGAUGCACCUACAAGCAACAUGGACCUGUUUCCUACCGUGGCCAACCUCGCCGGGGCCCCUCUGCCGGAAGACAGGAUCAUUGACGGACGUGACCUGAUGCCCCUGCUCCUAGGGCAAAGCCAGCGUUCUGAUCACGAGUUUCUCUUCCACUACUGCAACUUCUAUCUGAACGCCAUACGCUGGCACCCACGGAACAGCACGUCCAUCUGGAAAGCCUUCUUCUUCACACCCAAGUUCUCCCCCGAGGGCGCCAAUGGAUGCUUUGCCACACACGUGUGCUUCUGUCAUGGGCAUUCCAUCACCCACCACGACCCUCCUUUGCUGUUUGACAUCUCCCAAGACCCGCGAGAGACAGACCCGUUAACUCCGACGUCCGAGCCCCGGUUCUGGGAGAUCCUGGAGGUGAUGCAGCAAGCGGCAGCCCGCCACACCAGGACCCUGCAGGACGUCCCUGAUCAGCUGUCACCAGGAAACAUCAUCUGGAAGCCGUGGCUCCAGAUGUGCUGCUCCUGGUCUGGUCUGUCCUGCCAGUGUGACCGGGAAAAGGAGGAGGGGAGAGGGAGCCAUUAGCUGUGGGCCUCCUCCUCCAUCACGGAUGCACACUGGAAGCAGCCCUGACAUCACCCGCAAUGCAGAUCGGUUCUCUGUCUUAUCACCUGGUGGCUCCAUCAAGAGCCACACAGUUAACCCAUGGGGGGGGGGAGGAAAUCAAGGUUUGUAGGAAGUAGAGGCACAGGUGUUCAGGUUAUGUCUUCCAUGGCCAACGCUCAUGGGAAAGCCUCGGACCGGAUUCCAAUGAGCAUGGCCAACACCGGGGCAGACAAAGUAGGCAGGUGCACAGGUAACCCAUUCACCUCCCAGCUAAUGUGCAUGACCAGUGGUAGAAGGUGUCACUUCUUCCACAAGCCGGUCUGAGGCAGCGGCCACCGUGCACUAUGAAAGAGGGAGUGUGCUUGAGAGAGCGUUUACGAAAUCAAACCCGGGCAAUGUUACAAUGAAUAACAGACCGUGUUCUUGACCAGUAAUGGAUGAUGAUGAGUUCCAGUUUGGUUUUUGGAAGGCAGUCAUUGUCAGUGUUAUUUCCAAUGCAUAUGGAAUACCCUUCGUGAUGUAUAUGUUUAUAUACAAUUUCUUUCUUUGAGAAGUUUACAGUAUUUAA